AUGGCUCUCAGCGCGGCCGACAGAGGCUCCGGCUCCAAGGAUCUGGAAUCCCUUGACACCUAUAUCCAGAACACACUGUCUGCCCUCUACCCACCUUUUGAGGCCACGGCAGCCACGGUGCUCUGGCAGCUGUUCAAUGUGGCAGAGAGACUCCAUGGUGGGGAUGGGCUGCGCUGCCUCACUGACUUCCUCAUCCCAGCCAAGAGGGCCCUACAGCACCUGCAGCAGGAAGCCUGUGCCAGGUACACAGGCCUCAUCUUCUUCCAUGAGGGUUGGCCACUGUGCAUCGAUGAGAAGGUGGUGGUGCAGUUGGCGUCCCUCCGUGGAGUCCGGCUCAGGCCUGGGGACUUCUACCUGCAGGUCACAUCAGUGGGGAAGCAGUCAGCCCGACUGGUUUUAAAAUGCCUCUCCCAGAGUGGACGAGGCUCAGAAGAAGUCACUGUCCCUGAGGCCAUGUACAGCUGCGUCUUCACGGGAGAGUUCCUGGAAUGGCUGAACGGGGAGCGGAACAGUGUCCCCUUACAAAACUGCUUGCUGACCUCAGGCUCUGCGGUCUUCCGCACCCCAUGGAGCAGUGUCACAGACCCCACCUUUGUACCGACAUUCAGAACUGUCCUGCCCCACUGCAGCUGUCCUGGGCCUGAGCAGCCACCCCCCAGAAGCACCUCCAAAGCUCUGGCCCCAGCACCAGCUGUGGCCAACACCCGCCCCCAGGAGACCACCCCUUCCAGCAACACCCCAACCCUGCCCCACUGCCCUAGGCAUCCUGGCAGUGACCAGCCUAGCCACCCACCUUCCCCAGGAAGAGCUGGGUGGGAAGGCCCUAGGAGCCCCUUUGGGAGCUCCGACGGAGGCCUUGUAGGGGUUGGGCCCUCAGAGCUGGGCCCACGGGAAGGACCAAGAGGGAGCCUGGAUGCCACAGACAAAAGGGACAGCCCCCAGGCCCUCACUGUCUGUGAGGACAUGGGCAGUCCAAGCUCCAGAAGGCGGUUGCCCAGGGACUCAGCCAGCACGGGGGCCAGACGUUGGUUCAGGAAGUCCUACAUGGAGGCCCUGCGGAACCCCAUGCCCCUGGGCUCCAGUUCCGAAGAGUCUCUUGGGGACGAGGCCUGCAGCUCCCAGACCACGGCGGCCAGGGCAGCAGCCAGCCGAACCCAGAAGGAAAGGCCCAGCCCCUGGGUAGGCUCCGUAGAGAUCCCAAGUCAGGAAAGACGUCCGGGAGCCACAAGGAGCGCUCUUCCCCAGAGGUCUCGGUCCUGGGACAGGUCCCUCAGGAGCUGGCAAGGUGACACGCGGCAGGCCUCCCACCACUCAGUCAGCACCAGUCUGGGAGGCCUCUUAGGAGGACAAGCUGAGGGGACCAGAAGUGCAGCCUCCAGCUGCGCCCCCUGCACCACAGCGGAGAGUCCAGCUGGUGUUGACACAGACAGCAGCACCUUCCGAAGGCAUGAUCCUGGCCAGAUUCCAGAUGUGCUUGCUGAGCCACUGUGCCCCGAGGGAGGAGGACAGCCACCCAGCACAGGAGACAUGCCCAAUCAGAUGCCCAGGCAGGUGCUGGAGGUCAGCCAGGAGCUCCUGCAGUCCGGGGUCAUCACCCUCCCAGGGACCCGAGACCACCAGGGAAGAGCAGUGGUGCAGGUCUGCACAAGGGGCCCGCUCUGGUCCAGCAAACACACCUCCAGCAUCGAGCUGACCCAACUGUUGCAGUACCUCUACGGCAUUCCCAGGAAAGAGGUGCGGGAGCUGGGGCUGGUCAUCCUGGUGGAUGCUCGCAAGGGUCCAGCUGCCCCUGCUCUCUUCCAGGCUCUGGCAGCACUGCAGAACACAUCUCCUCCCAUAAUUCAUAGUAUUGUGUUGUUGGUGAAUAAAGAAUCAGGAUUUAGGCCUGACAAGGAUAGAACAAUUCAGUGUGAGGUGGUCGGCUCCCUGAAGGCCUUGCACAAGCUUGUUGACAGCUCGCAGCUGACCACAGACCUCGAUGGCUCCUUUCCUUACAGCCACAGUGACUGGAUCUGCUUCCGUAGGAAGCUGGAGCCCUUCACCACAAAUUGCGAGAAUGCCAUUGUUUUCCUACAAAAUUCACUCCACUCCCUGAAUACCCACAGGACUCUAAGCACGGUACAGGAGGUCACAGACUUAAUCAGCAAGCAUAAGGCAACGAUGAAUUGUGUGCUGGAAGACGCACUGCUGGUCGCCCUCCGGCUAAAGGGUGGUACCGUGCUGGCGCAGCUGAGGAGGGAGCAGCUUGGCACCAGCCAAGACUGCCGGGAUGCCAUUGAGGUCGCCUCCAGGCUGUACAACCAAGUGGACGAAGAGGUCCAUCGGCUUGUCCUCGCCUCCAACAGGUGUCUGCAGGAGCUGGAGAGGCUACGGGAAGGGAGGACGCUCCAGGAGGGACAAGGCCAGCAGUCUUGUUAGAAAAGGCUGCAGCUGGUGGAGAACAGCUCCCAAGGCACAGAGGAAGCGAUCUGGGCCUUCAAAAGGUGUCUGAGCACCAUGGCCAGCCAGGCUGAGUGCAGGGAGGGAGCUCUGGUGGAUGGAUGGAUGCGGCAGUGCAGUGAGUGCCUGGAGCCAGUCACUGAGUAUCUGGAGACCUGUCACCGGAAGGCCACAGAGCUGACUGCGCAGGGCUUCCCGGGGGCCAGCGUGGUGGCGGCAGGCCUGGGCAGCCAGCGGCCACGGCAUCAGAGGCACACCUUAGGGCUGCAGAGCCCGCAGACCCGCCUCUGCUUCCAAGAGGCCCUGUCUGGGGUUAGGCCAGACCCUGGCACCCCACCUCUGGACCAGAGAGCCCUGAAGCAUGAGCUUGCCCAGUCGGCCAAGAGGAGGCACCAUGAGCCAUCCUGGACCCCCCCCACUGACCCAGAGGGCUGCACUGGGGAGCGGGCCCAACUGCUGCCUGGCCUCCCUGGACAAGCCUCUCUGAGCAGGCAGGAGGGUGCGCACCUGGCCCCGGCUGUGCCUUCCCCACAUGACAGCCCCACCUGCUCCUCCACGCCCAUCCAGACACCCACCACCCACCCCAGGAAACAUCCCCUGAAGAAAAUUAUGAGGAGAACACGAAGCUUUGAGAUUGCACGGCUUGACAGUGGCCCCAGGCAUGCCCCCUGGCCAGGCCACACCGGGGUCUUCAUCAGGGGCCUAGAGGUGACCAGCACCGUGGCCUCCGAGAAGCAGCCCCCACCACAGCCACAUGCUGAGAGCGCCCUGGUCACUCGGAACCGGAGUCUGUCCUCUCCCUCCAGGACCCACCCCUCUGAGGAGGACAGGAGGAGGCAAGCAGGAAGCAGCCGACUGCAGCACAUAAUGGCCGAGAUGGUUUCCACGGAGAGGGCGUAUGUUAGGUCCUUAGGGUAUGUCAUCGACAACUACUUUCCAGAAAUGGAAAGAACGGACCUGCCCCAGGACCUUCGAGGGAAGCGCAGCAUUGUUUUUGGGAACCUGGAGAAGCUCUACGACUUCCACCACCAGCAUUUCCUUGUAGAGCUGGAGCACUGCCAGCACGGUCCCUUGGCGGCGGGCCGCGGGUUCCUGAGACACGAGGAACAGUUUGGCAUGUAUGCACUCUACAGCAAGAACAAGCCCCAGUCGGACGCCCUGCUCUGCAGCCACGGCAACGCCUUCUUCAAGGACAAGCAGCGGGAGCUGGGCGACAAGAUGGACUUGGCCUCCUACUUGCUGAAGCCCGUACAGCGCAUGGGCAAGUAUGCGCUGCUGCUGCAGGACCUGGUCAGGGAGGCUAGCAGCUGCCCCGCCUGGGAGCAGGAGCUGGGUGAGCUUCGGGCUGCCGAAGACGUGGUCCGCUUCCAGCUGCGUCACGGCAAUGACCUGCUGGCAAUGGAUGCCGUCCGAGGCUGUGACGUGGAUCUGAAGGAGCAGGGGCAGUUGAGAUGCCAGGACGAGUUUAUCGUGUGCUGUGGAAGGAAAAAGUACUUGAGGCACGUGUUCCUCUUUGAAGACCUCAUCCUGUUUAGCAAGACCAGGAAGGUGGAUGGGGGCUAUGACAUCUACACGUACAAACAGUCCUUCAAGACAGCAGAGAUUGGGAUGACGGAGAACGUCGGAGACAGCGGCUUGAGGUUUGAGAUCUGGUUCCGCAGGCGGCGGAAGUCCCAGGACACCUACAUUCUCCAGGCCAGCUCUGCAGAGGUCAAGACGGCCUGGACCCACAUGAUAGGGCAGAUCCUGUGGCGGCAGGCUCUGCGGAACAGAGAACUCAGAAUGCAAGAAAUGGUGUCAAUGGGGAUAGGCAACAAACCGUUCAUGGACAUCCAGCCCAGCAAGGCAGCCAUAAGUGACCGGGCUGUCAAGAAGGGAGCAGAGUCAUGGACCCGAGCACCAAUGGUUGUGCCCCCCUGUGACCACGCCGCCACCUUUAAGAGGCCACACUCCACCAUCUCUGACAGCAGUACCUCCUCCUCUGGCAGCCAGUCGUCCUCCGCCCUGGGGCCACUGAGCCUACAAGCAUCUGCCAGCCCAGCCCUGCUGAGCUCCGCCUCCUGCCCCAGACCUUACAACAUGCGCACCUGCCUCGAGGAGGAGGAUGAGUUGGAGCAGGAGACGGGGAGCCAGCCUUCCAUGCGUGAGUGCGCCUAGCAGCACACGCUCCAGCCUCCAACAGCUGGGU